UCGCCUUUUUCUCCUACCGAUAGAGAGAGAGGGGGGGUGUCUGUGGAGUAGAUGGGGAAGUGCAGAGGGGUCGGGGGGGGAGUCGCAGUGAUGGAAGUGUCCCAGGUGGUGGGGAUGAGAACGAGGUCCCGGACCUUGGCCCUUGCCUCCGCCGCGGCGGCGGAGAAGGAAAGAGCUGGUUCGAAGCGGAGGAAGGCGGCGGAGCCUGCCGGGGUCCAGAAUUCUUACCUCCAGCUCCGGAGCCGGAGCCUUGUCAUGACCACCCAAAUAGCGCGGACACCGGCAACUUCCGGCGGCGCCCGGGCUCAGUGCCCCAGCCCAGCCUCCUCACGCUGUUCCAGCAACGCCUCCUGUGAGGUCGUCUCCGUCGAGGACCGCCUGCGGUGCCUUCGAUCCGGCGAUCUGGAAGGUGACGACGAGUUGGAGACUUCGCCGUGUUAUUUCGGGUGCAGCAGAGAGAGCAGGGAGACGACGCCGUCGAGCGGGAUGCGAGUGGAAUCGUGCGAUCUGGAAUCAACGGCGGGGAAGAGGAAAUCAAUGAGAUCAGCGACAGUGGCAGCGGAGAUCGAGGAAUUCUUCGCGGCCGCGGAGAAAGCCGCCUCCGAGAAUCUCCAAUUCUUCGGCGUCAAGUACAACUACGACGUCUCCAACGACGUUCCAUUGGACGGCCGGUACGAGUGGCGUCGAGUAAAGCCAUAAUCAGAACGGAGAAAAAAAAAGGGGGCCGGAAGAAAAAAAUGAAAUGACAACUUUAUUUUAUUGCUUUUUUUCCUUUUAUUUUAAUUUUCGGGAAUUAAUGUACAGUUUUGUAAGUUAACAAUCGUCCUCUCUUCCGCUGUCCCCAUCCACUGUAGUACGAGAUAUACGGAGAAGCUUCUGAACUGAAGCCCCCGUCCUUUCGUCUCGUUUCGGGUGGGCAAGAGGAACGUGUUAAACUUCAAAAAUUUGUUUCGCCCGAAUUUCUCCCUUCUCUC